AUGGAGCUCAUCGGUAUUCAGGGUCUCCGAUGGGGCCACUUUGUUAUUCGGCAGAACAGUAGAGAAGUGGACAAUGCAGGAGAGGUCCCACCCAGUCGGGGUCAGUGUGGAGGUUCAGGGGCUGCAGCGUCCGGCAGAAAAUAUACGAAGGGAUCCACAAGUCUUAACUGUGUAUGUGUCUCUCUGCUUUGUGAUUGGUCGACAGGAGCAUGUGACAGCCCGCUGGUGUCCCACCUGCCGCCGGCGUCCUUCAGAAGCUCCUCCCAGCUGUCCAGCAGCCACGCCGCCGGCUUCGCCAAACUCAACAGGAGAGAAGGAGCUGGAGGUUGGUCCCCUCUCACCUCAGACAGGUCUCAGUGGCUGGAGGUCGACCUGGGGGAGCGAACCAGGAUCACCGCCGUCGCCACCCAGGGCCGAUACGGCAGCUCCGAUUGGCUGACGUCCUACCUGCUGAUGUUCAGCGACACGGGACACAACUGGAAGCAGUACCGACAGGAGGACAGCCUCGGGUCUUUCCCAGGGAACAGUAACGCAGACAGUGUGGUUCAGUACAAGCUGCAGCAGCCGGCCAUCGCUCGCUUCCUCCGCCUCCUCCCUCUGAGCUGGAACCUCAGCGGGCGCAUCGGACUCCGGCUGGAGACCUACGGGUGUCCUCAUGCCUCGGACCUGGUGAGCCUUGCCGGGGGCAGCAGUGGUCUGGUGUUCAGGCCCAGUCCCGGCCCCAGGAGGACAUCCAGGGACAUCAUCUCUCUGAAGUUCAAAACCCUGAAGAACUCUGGGACGCUGCUCUAUGCAGAGGGACGACAGGGACUCAGCUUCAGUCUGGAGCUGGUGAGAGGGAAACUGCAGCUGCUGCUCGGACCAGGUGGAGCCUCGUCCACGGAGCCGCGGCGUCUGGCCUCCCUCGGCAGCCUGUUGGACGAUCAGCACUGGCACCAUGUCGUCCUGGAGAGAGGCGGCGCUCACCUCAACCUCAGCGUGGACAGACACACACAGAGGGUUCAAAUCCCUGCAGAGUUCGACCACUGGGACAUCGAGCAGCUGAUGUUAGGGACGGUCCAGAGCCUAAGUUCUCAGAAACCACUCGUCUCCAAGAAGAAGUUCAGCGGCUGCCUGGAGAACCUGCUGCACAACGGACUGAACCUGAUAGAACGAGCCAAGCACAACGACCAGCAGGUCACUCUCAUGGGCAAUGUGACCUUUUCCUGCUCUGAGCCAGUUUCCAUCGCGGUGACGUUUCCCGGCCCACAGAGCUUCCUCCAGCUUCCAGGGCCGAUGGCGUCCUCUUCGGGGGGCGUGUCCGUGGGGUUCCAGUUCCGCACGUGGAACAAGGCGGGGCUUCUGCUCACCUUUGACCUCCCUGGCGAAGGAGGCGUGGCCUGGCUGCACCUGAGCGAGGCCCGACUGCGGCUGCAGAUCCAGAAGGCUGGCAGGGCGCUGCUGGAGCUCAGUGCAGGUUCUGCUCUGAACGACGGCCAGUGGCACUCAGUGGAGCUCCACUCCAGAGGAGGACGUGUGACCAUCGCUGUGGACAAAGAGGAAGGAGGCGUCGCUCACGCCACCUCCUCAUUUCCUGUCGCGGCAGGAAGUCAUCUCUUCUUUGGCGGUUGUCCGGCUGAAGACGAGCGUCAGGAAUGCAGAAACCCCUUCAACGUCUUCCAGGGCUGCAUGCGUCUCUUCACCCUCCACCACCAACACCUGGAUCUCAUCACGGUGCAGCAAAAACAUCUGGGCAACUACAGCAACCUGCACAUCGACAUGUGUGGAAUCAUCGACAGGUGUUCUCCCAGUCGCUGUGAACAUGGCGGCCGCUGCACUCAGUCCUGGACCAUCUUCCACUGCAACUGCUCGGACAGCGGCUACAGCGGAGCGACCUGCCACAGCUCCGUGUACGAGCAGUCGUGUGAGGCGUACAAACACAACGGCAACACGUCGGGACAUUUCCACAUCGACGUGGACGGCAGCGGACCAAUCAGACCACAGCUGGUCUACUGCAACAUGACAGCGGCCGACACGUGGAUGGUGAUCCAGCACAACGACUCGGAGCUGAGCCGAGUCCGAGCGUCUCCGGGCGUGAACCAGCUCCUGAUUCACUUCGACUACUCCACUGGAGAAGAGCAGCUGAUGGCAGCCGUCGGCCAAUCAGAGCACUGUGAACAGGAAGUGGCCUACCACUGCAGGAAGUCCCGCCUCCUCAACACUCCUGAGGGCUCUCCGUUCAGCUGGUGGCUCGGUGGUCCUGGUUCCGGUCGUGUGCAGACGUACUGGGGCGGAGCUCAGCCAGGCAGCCGGCAGUGUGCCUGUGGCCUGCAGGGCGACUGCGUGGACCCACAACACUACUGCAACUGUGACGCCGACGGCCUGGAGUGGGCGGAGGACUCGGGCCUCCUCACCCAUAAGGAGAGCCUCCCCGUCAGGUCUCUGGUGCUGGGUGACCUCCAGAGGCCGGGGUCAGAGGCGGCCUACAGGGUGGGACCGCUCCGUUGUAAAGGAGACAAGAACUUGUGGAACGCGGCGUCUUUCGACAAGGAGACGUCGUACCUCCACUUCCCCACGUUCCACGGAGAGCUGAGCGCCGACAUCUCCUUCCUGUUCAAGACCACGGCCUCCUCGGGCGUGUUCCUGGAAAACCUGGGCAUCAGAGACUUCAUCCGCAUCGAGCUGAGCUCCUCCACCCAGGUGCUUUUCUCCUUCGAUGUGGGUAACGGGCCUCUGGAGGUCCGCGUGGAGGCGCCGGCCCCGCUGAACGACAGCCGGUGGCACCGGGUCCGAGCCGAGAGGAACGUGAAGGAGGCGACGCUGCGGCUGGACGAGCUCCCCCCCGCCAGGCAGGAGGCGCCGGCUGACGGACACUUCCACCUGCAGCUCAACAGCCAACUGUUCAUAGGAGGAACCGCGUCCCGGCAGAAGGGCUUCCGGGGCUGCAUCCGCUCCCUGCAGCUGAACGGCGUCACCCUGGACCUGGAGGAGCGGGCGAGGAUCACGCCCGGGGUUCGACCCGGCUGCCCGGGUCACUGCAGCAGCUACGGCUCGCUCUGCCAGAACCGGGGCCGCUGCGUGGAGAGAGCCACCGGCUUCCACUGCGACUGCGGCCUGUCGGCGUUCACCGGAGUCUUCUGCCACUCAGAGGUGUCGGCCUCCUUCGAGUCCACCACCUCCGUCAGCUACACCUUCAAGGAGCCGUACGAGCUGAUGAGGAACAGCAGCGCCCCCCCGUCCUCCAUCUACUCCGACGUGACGCUGAGAGGAGAGAACGUCUCGCUGAGCUUCAGGACCAAUCAGAGUCCGGCUCUGCUGCUCUACGUGUCCUCGUACUACAGAGAGCACCUGGCCCUGCUCAUCAACAAGCACGGUUUCACAACGUCGUAA